CUUACUCCAAUCAACUCAGUCGUGCUUCAACCGUUUGCGUUACGCGUAGUGUCGUUCGUCGUGGGUAACGCGAUCGGGAUCGUCCCGUGACGAGCGAGAGAGAGACGCGAAUCCGCGAAAGUCCAGGGCAUCAAACGUCGCCGCCGACGAUAUUAGCUCGCGGUUAAGUCGGAUUCCCAGGUAUCCUCGUGACCGUAGGUAUUCCCGGAGGACGGCACGUCGACGCGCGUCAAGCGUGUAGGUGGCAAAGGUGGAGAAGCGUCGCAUCAACCAACUUCGAAACCGGCGGGAAGACAUGACGCAACGCGGCCGACAGCGAAUCGAUUAAACACCGAAAAGCGGGAAGCGAAUCGGCCUCAGUCGCGAAGUCGACCGCCGAUCGAUGAGAAUCCACGCCUGACUGCGCCGAAGAAACGAACGUGCGAAAACCUUUCUUCCUCUCCGUCGGCACCGCGCGCACAGCAUCUCACGUUCUCACACUGAUAACACAUUUGCGACGUACAUUCGCAGUAAACGGCGAAAAUGGCUCUCUUCCGGAAGUUCAACGAGAAAAUCCCUCGAAGAGGGAUCCUGGGGGCGAUGAUGUUUCUAGCUUGCAUGUUUUCGUACGUCAUUCGUACCAAUUUAUCCAUAACCAUUGUCGCCAUGGUAAACACUACAAGCAAAGACGGUGGCGUCGGGCCAGCAUGCACUAGAAUAGCGGAUAUGAAAAGCAAUAAGACCGUCGUGCUCAAAGAUUUUGGGGAGCGUUUCGAAUGGAAUCAACAUAUCCAAGGCCUGUUACUAUCAGGAUACUUUUACGGUGUUCUGCCGGCUAGUGUACCAGCUGGACUCUUAGCCGAAAAAUACGGAGGCUCUAAAGUUGUGGCAUUCGCUACAUUGAUACCUGCAGUAUUAAAUCUUCUGAUGCCUUGGGCUGCUACUGUCCAUUACGGUUUUGUUUUUGCACUCCGUUUUGUUAUGGGAUUUUUUGGAGGUGCCGUUUAUCCCGCUCUCCAUGCGAUGAUUGCCAGAUGGGUGCCUCCUGGUGAGAAAGGCAUGUUUGUGUGGACUAUGCAAGGUGGUCCAUUCGGAACCGUGGUAACAUUCGCCUUAUGUGGCGCAGUAAUCAGUGCUUACGGGUGGACAACUGCAUACUACGUUACAAGCGGACUUAUGUUAGUUUUUUAUGCUUUGUGGGUAUUUCUAAUAUACGAUACACCGGAGUUGCAUCCUAAUAUCACGGAGAAGGAGAAAACGUACAUAAAAGAACAAAUAGGCACUUCAGUCUCAAAACAAAAGGUCCAACUACCGGUGAAAGCAGUCGCUACAUCUCUACCGUUCCUAGUAUUAUUGUGGGCCCACUUUGCAAACAUGUGGGGUAUUUAUUUCAUCGCUACAAACGGACCUAAAUACACGUUGGAAGUCCUCGGUUUUAAUAUGAAAUCGGGGGGCGCAAUAACUGGAUUACCAUACAUAGCUAGACUAGGGGCUGGAGUGUUAUUUGCAGCGGCAGGCGAUUAUGUGCGAAGGAAGAAAUUCUUAUCUUUAGGUUGGAUAAGGAAGAUAUUUAUGCUUUUCUCUCACUUGGGACCUGCAGCUUGUCUGAUAGCGAUGACAUACGUGGGUUGCGAUGCUACAACUGCGAUGAUAAUGUUAAUACUGGCGUUGGCCUUCAAUGGGGCCGCCUGCCAGACUAGCUUACAGAAUCACCAAGACUUGGCACCGAACUAUGCCGGUUCCUUAUACGGAAUUAUGAAUACAUUUGGCAGU